AUGCAUUCAUUUAGACGUUACAUUUUUUGCAUCACACCACCACGACCCGGUUCAAGCAAACGCAAAGACAUGUCCAAGAAUAAUUUGUUGCUUUGUGUACAGGAAAUUCAGGAGGACACCUGCAUUGGUCAUUUAAUUCACUGUAGACAACGUCAACACUAUGUCUUCCCAUUCGGGCUCAACUGCAGCCCAUGUCGUGCCAGAGAUCCAGAAGGGCGUGAAACCCACGGGAAGCGUUUCCAUACGCAAACAUGUUAUCGCUUGUCGUUGAAUUUCAGAGUACAGGCGGACUUGAGCCUAAAUCGUGCUGCGUCGCUUGGCUCUCGGGUCCCGAGCUCGAAUCCUUGUUUGCGAACGGUAUAA